GACGUUGCAGUACGCUUUCCCAGGAGCCAGUCCAUGGACAGCUCACAAAACUGAACAAAGUUUUGGAUCUAGGGGAUUUCUGUGCAGCUGGCAGACGCUCCUCUGUCAGGGGCCCUUCACUCUGUAGCUGCGGUGUGAUCAGUCACAAAGUUCAUGACGGUUGCUGACGGUGACACUUUGGCGCUCAUCAUGCCUGUCCGAGCAGAGUGCUGCAGUACUACCGACUCGGCCUGCUCAUCCUCGGCGUCUCUUGUCCCCCCUGCCCCGAUCAACACCUACCAGCCGGGGGUGGCUACCUCGCUGCUGUACAGCGGCUCACAGUUUCGGGGUCACCAGAAAAGUAAAGGCAACUCGUACGACGUUGAGGUUGUUUUGCAGCAUGUGACUGUGGAGGACUCAUAUUUGUGUGGAUACCUGAAGAUCAAAGGCCUGACUGAGGAGUAUCCCACUCUCACAACGUUCUUUGCUGGUGAAAUUAUCAGCCGAAAGAGGCCUUUUUUAACUAGAAAGUGGGACGCAGAUGAGGAUGUGGACAGAAAGCACUGGGGCAAGUUUCAGCCUUUUUACAAAUAUGCCAAAAGCUUCAACUCGGAUGACUUUGACUAUGAAGCACUGGACAACAGUGAUUAUGUCUUCAUGAGGUGGAAGGAGCAGUUUCUAGUUCCAGACCACACUAUCAAAGAUAUCAGCGGUGCCUCCUUUGCAGGCUUCUACUACAUCUGCUUCCAGAAGUCCACAGCCACUAUUGAGGGUUACUAUUACCAUAGGAGCUCUGAAUGGUACCAGUCUCUAAACCUAAACCAUGUUCGAGAGCACAGUAUGCCCAUUUAUGAAUUUCGGUGACACAAACAUCCUGGGAUAUUGAGCGAAGUAAGGGACAGUACGUACUGCCCUGUGCUUAAAUGGGAUGGGGACAGAGGGCCCUUUAAUGUCAAGAAUGGGGGUGACCUGUUUUCCUCACUGCGUGGAAAUAAACAUGUGGUCAGACUCCUCUUCUGGUGGUCUGAAGGAAAGACGGUAGAGUGAGACAGAAGACCUGAAAGGAAGACAGAUGGACAGUUCUCACAGUGGCUGUAGAACUGAUGCUUACCUUGGAUUUCAUUUUUAAUUUUUUCCUUUUCUGGCUUGAUUUUAUUUCAGUUUUGUGCAACUGAUUUGUUUGCGCUCUCACAGGAUCUGAUCAAAACAAGUUCCAGUUUUCCUUCAGUGAAGACACCAUAAACAUAAGAGUUUUGUUAAGUAAUGCUCAGUUUAUUUCUGGUUUUGUUUUUGUUUUUUUUAAUGUAAAGUAUCUUUGCUAUAUCGCUUUGACGCACUAUAGUGAUUAAUGCAGAGUAUGAUGGAGAGGGUCUUUCCAAGGUCUGUGGAAGUGUUGAUCAGAGAUGGUAUGAAUUAGAACUGGAAAUGGUCAUUAAUAACCAAUAACCAAUCAUUUCCAAGCUGCUGUGCUCAAAACAUUGAUGUCUCAACAAAAAACAAAAAAAGUCUGAAAAUGGCUUCACAUUGACUUUUCUCUAUGCAAGUCAAAGUUCACUAAUAGGAAGGAUUUCUUACACCACGUAACUUAUUAUUUUAUUUUUGGAUAAUUUCUCUAUGAGAGUGAUUUAUUUAUUUUUUUUAAUCAAGAUGGGAAAAUGCAAAGAAAAUUAAGAAAGAUGAAAGAAAAUAUAGAGGCUUAUUUAAUUACAGUGACCAGCAAUUGAAGCUCAGAUAUGUGACAAUAUAUAAUUAAUUAUAAUAAUCAUAAUUAUUUUUGAAACGCAAGGUUUUCCAAAAUUUUGGUCGCAUGAAAGGUGGACCAGAAGAAUAGAGAGACAAAUUUUAGUUUUCUUCAGUUUCUGUCUACUCAUGGUCAUAUUCAUUUGUCCCACAUUUUUUCCAUGUGUAGAAGCAGUUAAAAAAUUUGGCUCUAUUGGUUUAUUUUACCACAUUUUCCUCUUUUGAAAAAGUCAGAAAACACGUAGAGCCUCGAGUAACAUGCUCUUCUACAAUAUGUUACUGCUCUGUCCUCAGUGGAGAACAUUAUGUUAAAAAAAAAGCACCUUGUGUGGCUCGAUGAGUAUUAAGCUGGAAAAAGCGAUGGAGAAAGAAUAAAACCUCUUUUGAUGCUUUAAGAAAAACCUGCUGCCUUACAGUUUUAAAUGUUUGUAAAGAUCUUUUUUUUUUUUUUUAAAGAAAAUAAGACUACUACUAUUUGAAAGAAAUCAUGAAAGUACAUUUCUGUGUUUGAGGGAAAUUUUUGAAGAUUAAUUAAAGUUUUCUGAAAAGGGUUGAUGGAAAUGUUAUCUGCUGGAGAGUGCAUGUACUCUGCCUGCCUCUUUGUUGCCUGUAGACUUUCAGCGGGCUUGGUGGCCUGCAGCAUGACAUGUGGACUUGAUGGGUUAGGUGUGAAAAUACUGUUUGCAUUGUCUUUUUUUUUUUUAACCCAAGUAAGUGGAUGUGAGAUGUUACAAUCUGAGUGACUUAAUUUGCUUUUUCUUUUUAAUUAAUCAUAUAAUAGAGAAAACAACAAAAUGUGCAAUGAAAGAAACUAAUGUUUGCAUGGGAGCGUGUCACUAAAAGUAUUGACUAUGCCUGAUUUUUAAAAAAGGUAAGUUUAAAGAAGAUGAUGUAUGAUAAAUCUGCUAUGAAUGUAUUGUAUGA